AUGGUUACAGCCUCCGAGGCGCGCGGACUCAGCAACAAGGCAGCGGCUUACAUCAUCAUUCGCCUCGAUGAUGGCGUGACCAAGGCCAAGGAGCAGAAGGUCUACAAGUCCAAGGUCAUCAAGAAGGAGUCUGACCCCAAUUGGAAUGACGGCAGCAAAAUCUUUGACGUGAACGAGCAGCACAAGUCGGUGGUGAUAUCGCUGCACAGCGAGAAGAUGCUGUGGGACUCGUCGCUCGGCCAGGUGGUGUUCAAGCUGGACGACGUGAGCGACGGCGUGCCGUUGAACAAGUGGUUCCCGCUGGUGGGCAAGAAGGGCAAGCCGAUGGAGGGCGAGCUGCACGUGCAGCUCAUGCUCCUCGACGACGACGAGAAGGUGACCGGCGACGAGUUCACGGCGCCCAUCCAGUCGUUCAUCCGCAAGCGGAAGGUCAGCAUCCUCGAGGCCCUGCUGGCCAAGAAGGAGGCUGCCGAGUACAUCAGCGUCAAGGACAACGACGGCCUGUACCCGCUCCACGUCGCCGCCCAGCACAACCUGCCGGACAUCGUGCGCCUCCUGAUCGACAACGGCGCCGACGUCAACAAGAAGGGCGGCAAGGCCGGUCUCACGGCCCUCCACGUCGCCUGCUCCACCUCGUCGGAGAGUGUCGCCGCGCUCCUCGAGCACAAGGCGAAGGCGUCGGUGGCGGACAAGGAGGGCAACCUGCCCAUCCACGUCGCCGCCAAGAACGACCAGCCCAAGUCGCUCGCUCUCCUGCUCGAUGCGGGCGCGUCGAUCGACGCCCAGAACGCCGAGGGCAACACGCCCCUCCACGUGGCCAUCCAGGCCAAGGCCUUCCUGACCCUCAAGCUCCUCGUCGAGAAGGGCGCCAAUAUCUACGUCAAGAACAAGGCGGGCAUGACGUGUGGUGAGGCGGCGGCCGAUCUGGACGAGCAGAGCAAGCAGAUCUUCAUGAAGACAGUGGGCGUGGAGGACUACCAGGAGAUCGCCCUGCUGCAGGACUGGACCAACCGCCUGCGCGUCGAGGCCACCGGCCUGAGCUUCGAGUGGCAGCAGAGCCCUCAGAUCGCCAUCAGCGCCAAGAAGCCGACGCCCGUUCGCAUCCUCGUUCAUCACCAGAGCGCCGUCGACAACUCGAGCCUCGGCUACGUCAUCAUCAAGAGCGUGCGCGGCGUGCACAAGGAACCCUCGCUGACUGAGCUGCUGGGUCACGGGGGCGCUACUCCCUACGAGGCCGUGAUCGACCCGUCGUUCUACACGGUGGUGGUGCCCUACGCCAAGUCCAAGGGCGUGGCCGACCGCAUCUCGGUGCUGGUGUUCACCAAGGGCGACGACGAAGUCGAAGUGAAGCAGCUGCGCGAGUGGAAGUACACCCAAGUCGUCAAGGGAGAAUGGAAGGGCAAGACUGCCGGCGGCUGCCAGAACGAGAAGAAGACCUGGCACAAGAACCCGUUCUUCUCGCUCGUCAUCCCCAAGAAGGAGGGCGUGGAGAUGUCGAUCGUGCUGAUGCAGAAGAAGAACGCCAUGGAGGAGAUUCUGCCCUACCAGACCCUGCCCUACGACUUCUACAUCGGGUACUACCUCUACGACGCCGACGUCGAGACCUGCAUCGGCCAGGUGCCCAAGUGGAAGAACGCCGUCGAAGUGGUGUGCGAUUGGACGCUGAACGGAGCGGAGACGAGACAGUACACCAUCAUCCCGACCACCUUCAAGGCCAAGGAGGAGACCUCGUUCGUCCUCUCCGUCUACUCGGACGAAAAGAAGGUCCUCCUCAAGGACUUUGAGGAGUAG